UCUACUUGCGGGGCGCAGAUCGCUCGAUGAGUUUCGGAACACGCAGAAGUCGCGCUGUGUCUCAGACGCACAGUCCGCGGUAGGCGACGUGGACGCGUCGCGCUUUCGCGUCGCGUAGUCUCUCGUCGCGUGAUAAACGCGAUUGAUAUAAUCGCGGCGAUUCUUCGGAACGCACGACUCGUGCGCGGCCGGACGCGCGUGAAUCUUCUCAUUCUCUCCGUACGAUCGUCACGCGAAGCGUGUCGCGUUCUGCCAGGAUUUUUCGCGGCUUUUCCGCUCGCGAGUGCUGCUAGCCCGGAAGGUUGUGUGGGUGUGUGCGUGGUGUGUUACAUCGUGUGCGUGUGGGUGUGUGCGCGUUGGUCGCGCGGCAAGUAGCCGGCGUUUCAACGCUGCGACGAUGGAGGACUCGAUGAUGUCGGGGAACGCUGCAGCGGACGCGGUCGACCUCGUGUCGCUGUUGGGCACGCUGAUGCUCGCCGCCUCGAUUACCCUCGUCAUCGGCUGCAUCAUCGGUCGACUCACCCGCAAGCUGUACAACCGGCCGAAAGACGCGACGGAGGCGGCCAGCCCGAAGGAGCAGCCCGAGACGCGAGCGUCGAGCGCCGAACGGCAGCAAGCAGCCGGCGGCAAUCAAGCAACAAAGCAACGCACGAAGGGCCAGAAGCGGCGGGAAGCGCAGCAGGCGUUUCAAAACUCCUGGCUGAUCGGCGCGUUGAAGGGCCACACCGGGCUGAUCCUCGAUAUGGAUCUGUCCCAGAAUGGGAAAUACCUCGCGAGCUCCGCUGAAGAACAUGUAUGUACGAGGAUGUCGGGUAACAACGAAAGUCGAGGGGGUGUACCACCACGUUGGCUUCAUUGCCCCCGCAAGGCGAUGAAACUGAUUCAAAACAAGUUCCUGGCCUUCAAGACACCUCUCUCAUCGGCCUAUGACAACCACGUGCCCGAAGAGUGUCGUUUCACCAUUGAUAUGCUGUUCGCAUACCUGAAAAGUCAGAAGCUGAAGCUAGGACUGUGGAUAGACCUGACUAAUACAUCAAGAUUCUACGAUCGCAAAUGCAUAGAGAAUUACGGUUGCAAGUACCUGAAGCUGCAGUGUAGGGGUCAUGGCGAGACCCCAUCGGAGGAGCAAACUCGUACCUUCGUGCAGGUCUGCCGGAACUUCAUCGCGCACAAUCCCUUGGAGAUUGUCGGCGUGCACUGCACGCAUGGUUUCAACAGGACUGGCUUUCUCGUAAUCAGUUACUUGGUAGAAAUUGAUGGUACCAGUGUCGACGCAGCAUUAGCGGAGUUUGCAAUAGCGAGACCUCCCGGCAUAUACAAAGGUGAUUAUAUCCAGGAGUUAUACAAACGUUACGAUGAUGUGGAUGAUGCUCCCCCACCGCCUGCAAAACCUACAUGGUGUCUAGAAUAUGACGAUUCCAAUGUUGAGGAUAAAAACAGUGAUACAAGCUCAGGAGUUGAGAAUCCUGAAUCAGAAGGACAUGGCAAGAGAAAGGGGAAACGUGAGUUCAACAACAAGAAUCCAAUGUUCAUGGCAGGUGUACCUGGUGUAACACCCAUCCUGGAUAAGAUGAUACUAUCUGGGGUUCAGAAGCGAGUUCAGGAGAUUUGUGGGUGGAAAUCUAGUGGAUUUCCUGGUUGUCAACCAGUUACCAUGGACCUUGAGAAUAUUAUGCUUUUGCACAAUAAACCAUAUCGAGUAUCGUGGAAAGCAGAUGGCACAAGAUAUAUGAUGUUAAUACAAGGAGAUAGAGAUGUAUACUUCGUAGAUAGAGACAACAGUGUCUUUCAAGUAAAUGGGUUAACUUUCCCCCAUGUGCGACAGACAACCAGAUGUCUGAGAGAUACUCUAUUGGAUGGCGAAAUGGUGAUCGACAAAGAUGGGAACAAAAAUAUUCCUAGAUACUUAGUAUACGAUGUCAUAAUGUACGAUGGUCAGGAUGUCAGCAAAUUGCCGUUUCAUCCUGAUCGUUAUUAUAUUAUAGAGAGACAAAUAAUCGCCGGUAGGCUAAGAGCUAUGAAAGAGGGGCGAUUGCUGAAAGAACGGGAACCGUUUUCAGUACGUCUCAAGUAUUUCUGGGAUGUAACACAGAGCAAGAAUCUAUUGGGUGAGAAAUUCGCUAGUCAACUGUCGCACGAGCCAGAUGGCUUGAUAUUCCAGCCAGCCGAAGAGAAGUACUGCACAGGACCAUCUCCGGAACUCUUGAAGUGGAAGCCAGUGUCAUUGAAUUCCGUAGAUUUCCGACUCAAGAUCGUGACAGAGACCGGCGAGGGUAUUCUGCCUCGUAAGGUCGGCCAUCUUUACGUGGGAGGACAAAAGAUGCCGUACGGAAUGAUAAAGAUUACUAAGCAGAUCAAAGAUUUGGACAACACGAUUAUCGAAUGCAAACUCGAAAAUGGCCAAUGGGCCUAUAUGCGCCAAAGGACGGACAAGUCGUUUCCUAAUUCGCUCAGUACCGCCGAUUCCGUGUGUAGAAGUAUCUUCAAGCCCGUCACGAAGGAGGGACUUUUGGAUUUUAUCGAGAAACGUAGAUUCGCGCGGGAGGACGCUGUGUGUGUAGGGACCGCUGACUCGGAACUAAUGCGGCCACCAAGUAAAAGACCUAGGAAUUGUGCAAAAGAUAGUGUAUAAAAAUCGUAAAUAAUCAUAUGGCGUAUUCGAGUGACGUAAGUCGAUUAAUGAUGUCACAAGACUAUGGAAGCCGAUCACAAAACUUACCUGUGCAUGUCCGACCUUGGAUUUAAUCGACCCGGGUGGAUCAAAACCCAUGCCACUCGAAUACUCCAAUAGAUGCGCUAUGAGUUAUCUGUAUUAAUAGGACCGUGUAUUCAGUUACACACACAUACACACAUACGCACACAACACACCACACAUAUAUACAUAUACACAUGUGUCGCAAUUCUCAUAUUUUUAAUUAAUUGUCUAACAAUCGUAGCUUCGGGAGAAAAGGAUGUUAAUAAUGAUACAUAUUUAUUAAGGGCUCAUUUCAGUUGUAUUGAAUCGUGGGCCUUGAAUCAGGUGACCAAGAUUUAUAGCUAUUAAUAUACAAGAAAAGUCUUCGACAUAUUUGACAAUUUUAUCCAAUAGUAUGCAGGUGGUUCGUAAUUUACUUUAGCGUCACAGCGAACUUUGAUAGGAGAUGGUAGUUUCAUUUCACGAAUUCCUCGUUACAGUGAUUAAUUUAGCAUGCUCUUCCGACGUUGGAUAGAUUUAAGACAAGAUUUCGCAGAUUGUAUUCGUUCACUCAGAUAGCUAGAAGAAGAGAAAUGAAGUUAAAGUGUAGGUACACAACUUUGCAAAAAGUAUCGAGCUUUAUUUUUAGUUAGAUCAAUUAUAUCUUUUAAUGAUAAUUGAGAUUAAUCUAAUUAUUGAAUAUAUACUGAAUUGAACUGAGAAAGAACAAUUGUUAUUGA